CUCUCCCUUCGCUGAUGCUGGUAGCUCCUCCACGAUUAUCAAUUCCAUUUUUAUAUCAGAUAAACAUUGUUAUUGGAAUUACUGGUAUCAGAUAAACAUUGUUAUUGGAAUUACUGGUAUCAGAUAAACAUUGUUAUUGGAAUUACUGGUAUUUGUGACCAUGGCCAAUUAUCUUCGCAUAUGGGAUGACUGGGAGUUUUGGGAGGAGGAUGAGGAAUUUGAGGCAGCCCAAGAAAUUGUUGCUCGUAGACGUCGCAGGAUUGUUAAAGAUAGGAUGAACCCCUUCACUUCAAUGAGUGACGAGGAAUUCAUCGACCGGUUUAGGCUCCGAAAGGAUUCCACUCAUGAUCUCAUUGAAAAAAUCAAGGAUGAUCUUGUAGCAACAACAGAUUCAAGAGGCUGCCCCGUCCCACCAUACCUGCAGUUUCUCAUUGCAAUGCGGUGCAUGGCUACCGGCGAUCACCAAAGAACUGUAGCUGAUUGCCACGAUGUGUCGCAGACAACAGUCAGUGAAUGCCUGAAGACUGUUUCAAGAGCAGUUGCCAGUAGGAGUAGGAAAUUACAUAUGUCCUCCCUCUGGCAAUGAUCAGCACCAGUGUAUACAGGCAUUCUAUGAUAUUUGGGGUAUGCCAGGUGUUGUAGGGGCCAUUGAUUGUACGCACAUUGCCAUUUUAAAACCAUCAGUACAAAAUUCUGAAUUAUUUCGUUGCCGAAAAGGUUUCUUUUCCAUCAAUGUUCAAGGUGUGUGUGGGCCAGACUUGCUAUUCCAUAAUGUUGUUGCUCGAUGGCCUGGAAGUGUGAAUGAUAGCAGAAUUUUUUAAAAUAGUCGGCUAUAUGCAGAUUUAGAAUACAAUCUAAAUCCUAGAUACCAUCUACUUGGAGAUGCUGCUUAUGCAUUAAAAAAUUUGUUCUCAUCCCAGUAUCAGCUCUAAAGGAUGCCCAUGAGAGAGCAUAUAACAUCAGUCAUUCCCAGACAAGAAAAGUUAUUGAAAGAGCAUUCGGUGUCUUGAAAAGAAGGUUUGGUUAUCUUGGAAUGAAAAUGAGGACUGAUUUAGAAACCACUAAAGCCAUUAUUGUUGCAUGUUUUGUGAUGCAUAAUAUUGGGGUAAAAAGUAAAUUGGUUUUACCUGAUGAUCUAGAAGAUGACAACCAAAUUACAUAAUAUUGGGGUAAAAAGUAAAUUGGUUUUACCUGAUGAUCUAGAAGAUGACAACCAAAUUAAUGUUCCUAACAGAAUGGCUGAACAUGUCCAAGAAAAUGAACAGGCAACACGCAAAAGGCAGCAGAUAAUCAGAGAUCAUUUUUAAGCUUGUUGCCUCAGUGCUGUAGAGCAGCAUUAGUUACCUUUUCCUACCACAGCAUUCUCUGUAGACAGGUGUAGGAUUUCCCACACCCUUAAUAAUGUGUAACAUAGUUGUUCCUUUAUGGUAAGAAAAAAAUAAAGCAUUGAUUCUU